UAUCUAUACUCGCUUUGGCUGCCGACGCUAUUCGCUUGGUUUACACAUCAUUCCGAUUUUAACCAGCGCGUCCGCUGGUUGUGUGUUCUCGCUAUUUUUAUAAAACACGUGGCUCAGUAAAUAGUUUGCUCGUAUCAUAACCUACAACUUGCAGAGUUCCUCGAUUUCCUGUUACUGUAACAGACUGUGAAAAAUUGAUUAUCGUUUGAACCUAACUUGAACGAGGAACAUCAAAGAUGGUUUACGAAUCAAACAGCGGGCUACCACCGCCUCAAGAGUUGGAAUCUUUCCUACCUCCAGAUGAAAAGAAGGAAAAGAUUGUCAGUACCAAAUACAAUCUAACAAAAGAAGCCAAGGAUGCAGAGGCCGGUGAUUAUGAUCCCUUCGCGGAAAGAAAAUUGGACAAUCCCACUUCGAACAAUGACACACUGACUCAUUUGCUGAAGGCUUCGCUCGGUACUGGUAUCCUCGCUAUGCCAAAAGCUUUUUCAAGCGCCGGCAUUAUUUCCGGCAUCUUCUUCACCAUUUUGGUAGCAGUUGUCUGCACUCACUGCUCCUAUAUACUUAUAAAAUGUGCCCACGUUCUGUACAAGAAGUCGCGCAAAACCACCAUGAGUUUUCCUGAGGUGGGCGAAGCUGCCCUCAACAAUGGACCUGAACCCCUCAGAAAAUGGGCUAAUACUUUCAGAAUAUUUAUCCUCGUGAGCCUGUUCAUCACUUACUUCGGCACCUGCUCCGUUUACACCGUUAUAAUCGCCAAAAAUAUUAUGCCGGUCGUUUACCACUACGCACCAAAUGUACAAGAAAGCCUCGGAAUAAGAGUGUUUAUUAUACUUCUGCUGCUACCACUUAUUUUCAUGGUCUGGAUCAGGAAUCUCAAAUACUUGGCACCAGUGUCAAUGGUUGCGAAUUUCUUUAUGGCGAUUGGACUGGGAAUAACGUUUUACUUCUUAGUAGGCACCGAGAAGCUUAGUUUCGAUAAGGUGGUAGCAAUACAACCAAUACAGUACUGGCCAGAAUUCUUUUCUCUUACGAUCUUCGCCAUAGAAGCCAUCGGUGUAGUUAUGCCAUUGGAAAACGCCAUGAGAACUCCUCGCUCUAUGCUGGGCCUUUGCGGAGUGCUAAACAAGGGAAUGUCAGGCGUAACUUUUGUAUAUAUUUUACUUGGAUUCCUGGGAUAUUUAAGAUACGGAGAUAAGGUUGAAGACUCCAUAACUCUUAACUUGAUUCCCGGACCUGAUGACCCGAAAAUAUAUUUAGUAUUGGCUCAAAUCGUUCAAGUCGGAAUCGCUGUUGCCGUGUACUGCACUUUCGGACUUCAAUUCUUCGUAUGCGUUGAAAUCUUUUGGAACUGCAUAAAAGAUAAGUUCACCGCCAGACCCGACCUCGCCGACUACAUAAUGCGUACACUCCUGACCACUGCGUGUGUAUUACUUGCUGUGGCAGUGCCGACUAUAGGGCCGCUGAUGGGAGUCAUUGGUGCUUUCUGCUUCUCUAUACUUGGUCUAAUUGCCCCAGCGUUCAUCGAGGUUGUCACCUUCUGGGAUAUAGGCUUUGGACCUGGUAAAUAUAUCAUCUGGAAGAACGUGCUCGUUUUAAUUUUCGGUUUAUUUGCACUUAUAUUCGGAACCAAGGAUGCCAUUAUUACAAUAAUAAAAACAUACGGCAACUAAGGUCUUCAAGAUUGUUGACGUUUUAUAGAAAGACAAAGACAAGAGUUACCAGACGCCUUUUUGCAGUUUAUAUCUCGUUCCAAUAAAUUUAAAGAUUCUUAAGAAAUCCAUAUACCUAAAAAUUCUAAUCCCAAAAACGAUAUUUGAACCAUCAAAUGGAUUUUUAGUUGUUAUAAUAAUAUCCAUGACACUUGAAGCUGAUUUUAAAAAUUAUUGCGUAGAUCUAAGCAAAAUCUACUUAGAUCAUGAAUUUGUGAUGAAUUCCCCUCAUUUAUCAAAAGGGCGAAUGGUGUCUCUAGCCUUGUCUAUUCUAUAAAUAUUAUAGUGUGAUAAGACAGUAAGUACAUGAUGCUUUGUCUUUAGAAAUAAGUACGUGUACUUAAGUUUAUUUUUAAAUUUUAUAAAUCUUGCAACGAUCAUUAUAAUAUAAAUAAAUAUUAUAUAACUUAUUGACAAUGCUGUUAAGAAAUGGUGCUAUUAUAUAAUUUUUUUACCGAUAAUUAAUAAUAGAUAUUUCAUCGGCGUUGGAAGUAUUGUCUGAAAUAUAAAGAAUAACAGGGAAUAUGUAUGCAUUUAUUUAAUUCAAUAGGGAAUUAUAUUUUGACGUAAUAAAACUAUUAUUCUUUAAUAGUUUUAUCUUAACUAACACUAACAAACUAUGACCUCAAAAAUAUCUAUUUUCUAUUGAUAUUUUUCUAUUGCUAAGGUUUUCUGAACUUUUAACGUGGGAAAUUACGUCACUUUUUGAAGGGACCAAUAGCGGAUAUUUCCCGGGAAUUUUACAGUUUAAUAAGUAGCUGAAAAUUCACAAUAAUAUUUUUUUUAUGAAUACAAAAAUAUAUAAUGGCCUUAAUAUAAAUCACAUGCAUAUUUCCUAUUAUGAAUAGUUAUAUACCUGUGUAUGCUUAGCCUAAAACGAUCUAUCCAUGACCAUUCUUAAAUCCGUAGUGAUUCCAUAAUGUUUUGACAUUUGGUAGCGCAGAUAACGCGUAACGCGUAACGCAGGACGAUUAUAUCUAUUCGAAACAAUCCUGUGCUAAGUUUAUUAGGCAUUUACGCACUGAGGCCGAUGUCCAAGUUCGCCUUUUCUUCUUCUUUUGUUUCAAACAUCAAACUGACUACGCAAAUUACUUUAUGGGAAAGUUCUGUCAUUUAUGGAUAUUAGAAACAAUUUUGAUGAGGCUAAAAUUUAGCACAGCAAUUUAAAACAGCUAAAGAUUAAUGACUUCCUAUUUUACACAGCUUUACGAAUAUGUCUCACAUAUUCGUAUUUUAGAUAACUGUCAACAUGUGUGAACAGCAAGACGCUAAGGCAUUGCAUAGCCCACCAAUAGGCCAUUCAACGACUGUGAAACAGUUUUAAAUAUACCGAUACCGCGAAUAUAAAUACGUGUGGUAGCUACGUGGUAGCUCAUUCGACUUAUCUAGAGAAGUGUGCAAAAUUUUCAGACCAACAAUGAUAAUUACCACAAAACUAUUAAUGUUAGAGAAUUUUUAAAAUUAGAUUCUCAAAGAAGAGGAAAUUUUGUAAUAAAAAUAGUUACUUGUGAAACUAGAUCUUUAUUGAUAAUACGUUUGUUUACGUAUUUUUAUUCGCGGUAUCAGUAUUUAAUACUGUUUCCCAGAUGUCGAUUGGCCUACAACCCGAAUUGUAGCACUGUGGUUGGUCGAACCUCAUUAUCCUCUCUCCAAUAAGAAGGAAGGUCUGGCAUGUAACAACUAUUAAAAAAAAACGUUGCCUCGUUAUUUUGUCUGUCAGAAACGCAAUAUCUGGGCGGCCAGACUUUAAUUUUGAUAUUGCAUGAGUUCCGAAAAGGGCAUGAAGCAAUGGAAACAAAAAAUACCAGUUCGGAGAAUGCAGUAGAGCUCAAACAUGCCAAAGAUGGAUAACUUUGGCAUGUUUAAGCUUUUUUGUUUUCUUGUUUUGGUGAACAAUAAAACAGAUAAGGUGUCUUUAGACAGAACUUUUUCACUUAUUAGUAUGACGAAUUAGAAGUCGCAAAUACUGCAAGUAAAGCUAGGAAUAGACAGGUAACGUUAAUAGUUAAAUAAAGAAUUUAAAUUGCAUUCCCAUUACGUGAUGUGUGAAAUGUUUUGGAAGCUGACUGACGAUUUUUGUUAGCCAUAUCAAGUUGAAAUAUAUUAUAAGUACUGCAACACAACUCCAUUAAUAUUGUGUACAUAGAUAGGUACAUAGAUUUCAUAUUUUACUGUGAGUCUAGUCCGUAUCCAACAAACAAACAAGCAAAAAAUAAAAAUCUUAUCAAGAUUGGUUCACUGGUUUAAUUGUCCACUCUAAGAAAAGAUAAAAAAGAUUUGUGUUGUGAACCCAAUUAUAAGUAAUUGGGUUCACAACACAAUCUUUGAUAAGUCAAAGAUUGUUAUUAAAAUAAUAUUAAAAGUCAAGAUUUUGUCGACCUACUAAGUUCUAAAACCCUUCUCCCAUAAAGAGGCAGGUCUGCAGGCUUAUUCACUAUCUUUGACGUAGGCUAGUUGACAUAUAUACGAAUGAUAUCUGUGUAACAAAUAUCAUCCGGUGUUUACUGGUGGAUAUCACUCAGUAGGUAAAUGACAUUUUGCCAAUUGAUUUAAUUAAUUUGAUAAUAAAGACCAUAAUAGUGAAUAAGUCAUUUGGCCUGUACUGGGCCGUUAAUAUAGCCUGAUAAUGAUGAUGAUAUAAUGAUGAUGAUGGUCUGUUUCAUAAAAAUAACGGAAAGCGAACUGAAUGAAUAUGAUGGCAAUUCGUUUGACUAUCAAAUGGUUGAAAUCAACUGUCUUAAUUAUAUUACAUUUCAGGAUUUAAUUUUAGAGCGAGAUCUAUGAGUAAUUAUCAACAAUUACAAAAAAAACUACAACAGCAUUUUGAGAUUGUAACAAUAUUUUAACAAAAUAUAAAAACGAAUAUUGUUAUGUAGGUAACAUUUAAUUUUUCAUUAUUUAAAUCUCCUAUAAAAUUUUAAGCCCGGACAUAUACACUGUCUUCGAUUCCAUUUUGUUUAAGUUAAACAAUUAUUUUAUCCAAAAAUUUAAAGUAAAUUAAUCUUAGUUCACUUUAAUAGUACAAAAAUGCAAUUGUCUACAGUUUAACAAAAUUUUCGACCUCAAAACCGUAAUAAGAUCAUUUAACAAUCAAAAAUCGUGAAACGAAAUACUAUUAUUUAGUGUAAGGUAAAUAAUUAGGUGUUAUUUUUCGAUAUAUGUAUUCAUACCGUAUAUGAACGUCUGAACUAUAAUAUGUUAGGAAAGUAUAGUACACGGCCUGUGGUUGAACUAUGCGCAGUAGCACAUUUUCGUGUGUUAAGGUCGCCAUUGACGGUCAAUUGUUCUCACGUUUCUGAAAAGCAAACGGCAAUACCCUCGCGGCAUACUAUACAAGUCAUGUACGCAGCGACCAACACACGAUCAAUUAUAGUCGUAGGUGCUACAGAAACGUGAGAAUAAUUGACCGUUUGGAGCUAUCAUUAGCGACAUACGCUAAGGUAACAGGUGCCAAUAACCGUAGCAACACGUGGACGCCAUUACUAUUGCGUAAAAUUUUUUUAAUUAUUUCGCAUCUUUAAUGUACCGGUCAACUACGCACCACCACGUACAAGCGUCUAAAACGCAUUGUUUAUAAUUGUAACUAUAAUUUUGUUCAACUUAAUUGCCGGGAUCAAUACUGGUAUGGUACAAUGGAAGAGAAACAAGCGUCACUGAACAAAUGAAAUUUAACAAAUGAAAUAGGAUAAAUUGUACAUACACUUUUGUAAUGCGUAUAAAGUUAUAUUAUUAUUUUUUACGUAUUAAUAAUAAUACUUAACAUUUAGUUUGCAGCUGUUACUCGUCAUUUGGUAAUGACCAAGAUCUACCACCAUGAGUUGUGAUAAUAAUAAUUAGCGUAAAAAUAUAAAAAGCGAGGCCCUUUUUUGUACCAAAAUUAUCACUGUUUGUAAAACCGUUAUUAUUUAAAUCGGAUUGUAUUUAUUCAUAUAAGAUAAUAAUUAUAGAGUUCGUAAACUUUUAUUAACGCUUUGGGAUUUGAAUUAUUUCAUUUGCAUGCAUAAUAUUAAUGAAUAAUUGAAGACUGAUCAUUCUUGAGUCAUUGUUGUCUUUGGCAGAUACUAACUUGAAUUUCAUGUAUAUUUUUUUUUAUUUGAAAGUUUACGAACUGUGACCAAAAUGUUUUGUGCCUUCAUAUUGAAGUAUUUUAAUUAGCUUUUAGAUAUUAUAUUACCACUGGUAUGUACGUUUUACGCGGUAGUAUUAUUUUGUGUUGUUAUAAUAUUUAAAUAUUAUAACAUCAUAGUAUACAGCCGAUUAAGUUCCUAUAAUGUAAAAUAAUAAUUUAUGACAUAUUAUUUUAUGUGGAGUGCCUUUUUCCAAUAAUUGAAUUGAAAUGUACACCCAGAAUGUAUUAAUUAUAGUUUUACAAAUAAAGAACAGUUCCAUAGAAAUAA